AUGAUUCCGCCGGGGGAGUGCAUGUAUGCUGGGAGGAAAAGAAGGAAGCCCAUUCAGAAACAGAGGCCUGCUGUGGGGGCCGAGAAAUCGAACCCUUCCAAGCGGCACCGGGACCGCCUCAACGCCGAGCUGGACCACCUAGCCAGCCUGCUGCCAUUUCCACCCGACAUCAUCUCCAAGCUGGACAAGCUUUCGGUCUUACGUCUCAGCGUUAGUUACCUCAGAGUGAAGAGCUUCUUCCAAGCCCUGCAGGAGAAGUGCCCGCGGCAGUCAGCGGCCAGUGCCCCCGCACCAGGAGACAGCGGUCUGCGCGGAGGGUCCGCAGUGCUGGAGGGAAGGCUGCUGCUGGAGUCCCUCCAUGGCUUUGCUCUGGUCGUGAGUGCAGAAGGCAUGAUAUUUUAUGCAUCAGCGACCAUCGUGGACUAUUUGGGCUUCCACCAGACGGACGUGAUGCACCAGAACAUCUACGACUACAUCCACGUGGACGACCGCCAGGACUUCUGCCGGCAGCUGCACUGGGCCAUGGACCCUCCCCAGGUGGUGUGUGGGCAGCCCCCACACUCGGAGACAGGAGAGGACGCCGUCCUGGGGAGGCUGCUCAGGGCCCAGGAUGGGGGUGCCGGCUCGCCCACCGAGUACUCAGCCUUCCUGACGCGCUGCUUCGUCUGCCGUGUGCGCUGCCUGCUGGACAGCACCUCGGGCUUCCUGACGAUGCAGUUUCAAGGAAAACUACAAUUCCUGUUUGGACAGAAGAGGAAGGCGCCGUCAGGGACCAUCCUGCCCCCUCGGCUCUCACUCUUCUGCAUCGUGGUACCUGUUCUCCUACCUUCCAUGGCAGAGAUGAAAAUGAAGAGUGCGUUUUUGAGGGCGAAGCACAGGGUGGACAUCUCGACUACGACGGACACAAAGGCAAAAGCUACCACGAGUCUG